CACGAAACAAGGGACAGCUGCCACGCAGGAGAGACUCUCACUGGGCAAGCAGAUAGCUCAUUUUCAUCGCCGCUCAUUCAUCUACAGCUAGACACAUUCGCAGCUUUCGGGCCACGUCCAACGCUAAUUUGGGUUUCAGCUCGCGUGACACACUCGUUCAACGCGUCAACGCGUGAUUAGACUGCAGAAGCUCGUCUGUCCUCCACACAGCAGGAUGAGCUCAGGUGAUGCCCCGAGUGGCGAUAUGUCUGCAGAAGCCCAAUCUAUACUGCCUCCGAAAUCAGAUUUGCAAGCAUCACUACGCGAUAAGAUUGUAUCGCAUCAACAAAAAGCUGCUCUCGAGGAAGAAGCGCAGCAGACCUAUGCUCCAAUAGAGUAUAUUGUCCUUGUACGGCUUUUUGCCAUACAAACAACUGUCUACAAAGCGCUACUUUUGGAUCAUGCCCCGGCCAUUGAGGCAUUUUGUGAUAACCCAACCGAGAGUGCACCGAUGCACGAGCUCCUGCGCAAACUCGAACAAGUCUGCACGCAUCCAGGCCUCAUUUCUGAUGACAUGCCAAGCACUCAGAUGUCUGAAUACGAUGAAGCGUGGUAUCUCGUCCAGUCCAGCAGCAAGUUUGAGUUGCUCGUUGAACUGAUUGAAGCGCUCCGGCAUCAGCCCGUGACGCUGGGUGUUGCCUGCUCACAAGGCGCACGACGUCUCCUCAAAAUCAUCUUUCGCGGUCUUCGCAUUCGUCAAACAGAUCCAGAUAUCGAAUUGGCCGAUGUCAGCACACAAGAUGCAUCGAUUGGCGAAGCGGAAGUCAUUCUCCUGAACGACGCCAUCCCGCGCAAUGUUGACUUGCUGAUUGCGCUCGAGGAUACAACCUUGACAUUCAGCAGACCAACACCCAUGCUUCGUUUGAUGGCGCCCAACACGGUCGAGCAUGCAAAGCGCGAGCACGCACACCUACUCAGUCUUGUGACGGCAGUAACGAUGCUCCAUGAACAAACGGGGUCUUGUGCUACCAACGUCCAUGACAUUGUUCAGCGCGUGACGCAAUUUCUGUGUGGUGAGCCAUUGGAAUUAGAUCCAUUGCCUGCACUGCAAACAUCCAGCUCCUUGGCAAAACGCAAGCGCGAGGAUGAAGAGCCUGUGCGGCCGCGGAUUCUUGUGACGCAGAUUGAUGGAAUCGAGGUUCACACGGAAGAACCGCUGACGCUGAGUGCCUUCAAGUCCGAUGCUGUUGCUACUGAGCCUGCACAAUUCAUCUCACCCUUCAACCUGGAGCGCCGGCCAAGUCUGCUGCCCACGGAAACCAUCAGCAUUUGGCCUCGCAAGACCCCGGACGAAGAACGAAUCGCCGUGCUCGAAGCGGAUAUUGAACGCAUGAUGGAUCGAUUCGAUGAUUUACGAGAGGAGUGCCGUGUUUUGGGUGAGCAGAAGGAGGAGGCCAUCUUGCAAGCGGCUACAUUACAAAAGCGCUUCGAACGGGUUUUGGAAGAAGCGCGUCAAGCAAAGAAUGAUCGUUCGGAUCUACGACAAGAGAUUCAAAAGCUGCAGAUGCCGCCAUUGCCGGAAGAGUCGGCGCCAGAGUAUCUGCAGGUCGAAAAUACGCGUCUCAAGAGUGAGCUGGAACGGGCAAAGAAGUCCACGGAGAGCAAAGCGCAGGACUUUGAAUUUGUGCGACAGCAAUAUCAACAGAGUUCAUCCGCUGCCGCUGAAUUGUCGGCAGAAGUCACUGAUCUCAAGGCACAAGUAGCGCUCUUGCAGAAUAGGCAGGAAGGUGGCCUUGGGUACAAAUUGGCGGUGGCACAAGCGCAAGUGGCCAGACAGGCUGCACAAGAUGAAGCAAGAGAACUGUCGUUACGCAACAAUGUCUUGAUUGAACAGCUACGCCGCAUGCGCGAUGACAGACAAGCUGUACGUGGCCGGGACCGGACGCGUGCUUCAUCAGCGCAAGAAGUAUCGACACGCAAACGCGUUGAGAAGGGUGGACCAUCGCCCUUGGCGAGACUCUCUGUCGCUGCACUCAUGUCUCCUGCUGAACCACAGGUCCCAUUGUCUAGUGCUGCUCCGGUUGCUGUCCACCCAGGCAAGUCUCAACUGGGACAGGUGAGUAGCACCAGCCAGACACCGCCGUUGCGUGCAUCACCUCGGCAUCGUUUUGUGCAGAUGAACAGGUCACGGACGCCUUUCUAGUAUAUAUCGAUAGACUUGUAUGCAUUCUCAUUCAC